GUCUAAGCAUGCAGACGUGUUACAACACCUAUACCUGAGUACAGAUAUGUUAUAAAAUGCAGCAGCAUGUGUGAAUAUAAAGGUACUUGGUUUCCAUCAUUAUGCCUUGAAUUAGUCGCCUAGAAAAUACACAAUUAAGAAUUAUCCGGUUUCAAAAGCAAGAAAUCCGUUCAGUAUCUUGAGUAAAGAAAGUAAAACGUACAAUUUCCUUGACCAGUUUGCAGUCCCACCGGCAUAUGUCCUGUAUUUUUCCAAACCCUUGCACUUCGCUUCAUCUACAUCAUCACUCUCAAUGCAUUAAGCGCGAAAUAUUUCUAGGCAGACAGAUUUACCUGGUUUAACUUUCAAUAUCAUGUGACAAUCAGAUAAAAGUGAAAAGCUUCCCAAAUUUGUGCUACUACUAUGUUAUUCAAGUGAAGAACCACCAUUUAGUGUCUAUGCACAAGCCUUUCAAACACCCUGCGUAAUAACUUAUUCCAGCUUAUUCUUUACAAACAAGAAAAAGACACUGCAAUAUCAGUCGUUCAAAUCAUUCAUACCCCACAAGUUGUCAUAUAAACUGUCCAAAUUCGAUCACUUACCUAAGAAGAAACAAUUAAGCCGUCCUUAAAAAUGCCAAGAAAGACAAUGAUUGGCUUCCAGCUGAGACAUAAUCUAUUAAUAAUAUGGAUGCUUACAAAACCAGGUCCUGCAAAGAGACAAAAGUCACAAAAGAACAAAUAGAAUCUAAACCUUAUAGGUAGGGUAGCCGGCAAUGCAUACAACAAAUGCCUUGUUGAAGGAGAAAUAUUUUAAUAGGCAUCUACUUUGGUUAAAUACCAAUAAGAAGUACAAGGGAUCCUUCCAACUACAACAAAUCAUGAAGUCCUUAAAAUUCUGCAUCUCUCUUCUUGUCCUUCAAGCUCUCUUCAACGUUUUCCCUACGAUCGAGGCAGUUCCAGCAUUCUGCCCUGGGGUUUUCAGAGAAUACAUUGGAGCUGAGGGCAAGAAUGUUACAUUUUCUGAUGUCCCAAUUAAUCCAAAUAUUGAGUUUCACUUCCUCCUAUCCUUCGCUAUAGACUACACGAACACAAAAUCACCAGAACCCACUAAUGGUGACUUCCUGGUUUAUUGGGACACUGAUAACCUCACCCCUUCUCAUAUUUCUUCCAUCAAGGCUAAGCAUAAGAACGUUAAGGUAGGAAUGAGUCUCGGUGGUGAUACAGUGAAUGGUAAAAAUGCCACCUUCACUCCUACUUCAAUUACUUCUUGGGUGAGCAAUGCAAUACAUUCAAUCACCAAGAUAGUGAAAGAGUAUAACCUGGAUGCAAUAGAUAUAGAUUAUGAACACUUCAAUGCAGAUCCCGAUACAUUCGCCGAGUGCAUUGGGAGACUGUUAUACUAUCUGAAACAAAACAAUGUCGUCACUUACACAUCAAUAGCACCAUACGCAGAUGAUUCAGUGCAGGUGCACUAUUUAGCACUCUGGAGAAAGUACGGUCAUCUAAUAGACUAUGUCAACUUCCAAUUUUAUGCCUAUGAAAAGGGUACAACCAUUCUUCAGUUCCUACACUACUUUGAAACUCAGAUGUAUAACUAUAAAGGAGGCAAGAUUCUAGUUAGCUUUGGAACUGACAACAGUGGCGGCUUGUCUCCUAGACAUGGAUUCUUUGAUGCAUGCAGCAUACUAAAGAGUCGGGGAACACUUCAUGGUAUCUUUAUUUGGUCUGCAGAUGACUCUAUAAAAGAUCAUUUUCUAUAUGAAAAGCUGUCACAGAACCUCUUAGCAAGUGCAACCGUUUAAGAUAAUCCUUUGUAGGCCAUGUUCCAUGUUUGAAGUAGUUCGCUUACUGUGGUCUUAACAUCAAAAAUCCAGAUUUACAAUUUCUAAAGGUGCUAAAAACUUAAUCUUUGCAUAAGUAUUGAGUAAUAUAGUUUGUUUAAUGUAUGACAGAACACAAAUGCAAGGAAAUAUGAUAAUCAUAGGACAUGAAAUGUACUCAUGGAAUUAGUUGAGGUGCACAACCCAAACAAUUCCAUUAGAUUUGUUUAAAAGUGAUGAACCAUAGGCGCUUCACGAGUGUAUUUCGUUUCUUUUUUAAAUUAAUUUUAUUAUUUUCUUAUGCCUUUCCAUUUUCUUUUUAUUUCUUCUUCGUUUCUUUUCUUCCAGCAGCUUUUCCUCCUCAACCCAUGGAAAUAGUUGAGGUGGACUGGCUGACUCGAACACCACGGUUAUAAAAAAAAAUCGGACACAAAUGUAAAGCUUAUAGCAGCACACUUUCCAACUUGCCAGGGAAUCUAACAAACUGUAGCAAGAACUACAUGUAAAUACCUUCCUCAAAUCUAUUUUUGUCUAAACAAUAUGCCUAUCCACUAUCCAAGGUCUAUAGUAGAUAUAUGUUUAGACAAAAAAAAUAAAACACAAUCCAUACACCUUGCAAACGUCAAGUAUGUAAAAUACAAUACUAUCAGAUAUAUGUUUAACAUGCUACAACUAGAUGAGUACAAAUUUUUUUUGAACAUUAACUAGAUGAGUACAUAUUUACAGUCCAAAUGGAGGAGAUGUGAGCUUAAAAGGAAUCUACACGUGUAAAAGUAUUAAGUCAAUGCAAAUAUACCCACACAACAAAUCAAAUCAACAACUGACAACAGCUAACUUGAAAAACAAAUCAAGUUUCCAACAUAUAUAUUUAGAGUUCAAAUGGAGAAGAUCCUUUUAUGCAUUAUAAUAGCAUUUAUGUUUUCACCUAUAUUACAUGUAACUCAAGUCACUUUAGAAGCUGCAUUCAAUUUAGAGGAACAAUAAUUUACCUCAAACGAAAAAUUAACAUAAAUGACCCAAAUAGCACUCUUUUUUACUUAAAUAUUCAACAUACUUGCAUAUGCUUUUUUUAUUAACAGAAAGUUCAAGUGUUUGGACAUUGGGAUGGAUAUAAAUGGAGUUAUGAUGGAGUCGCUAGCAAAGAGAUACCAUGGUUUUAAGGGAAGAAUACUCACAAUGUACGUGAUGUACUCCUCUCCCAGUCAUGUACAAGCUCCCCGCAAGCAGCAACCAUUUCAAUUCAUAUUGUUACCUUCACUAUUGAGUUUAUCUUUUAGAUUUGACCCAAGAAGUAUAAAUUUAGAAGUUGCAUCCUCCUAACUACUUGGUAGUUAUAAAGAGCUGUUGGAGUUGAAACAGAAAAACUAUAAUAACUCGCAACAACAAAAGUAUUAGUACUAAAAUUUAUUAAAAUGGAGUAAAGGAAACUCAUAUUAGAGAAGCAGCAAAAUCAAGGUUUCAACGAUAGUUAUAGAUGGUAAUAAGGUUGCCUUUCCAUGAUUUCUGUUGCUUGUACAUUUGAUAUUGCCAAGCUAUGCUUACACUAACCAGUGAAUUUUUGCCAUUACUGCUUAUUCUCAAACUCAACUAAUUAUCUGGAUAUGCCACCUUUUGGUUGAUACAGAGCUCUCAAUCUCACAUGUUUGAUUCUUUACUAUGUCUACGUCAUCACUUUGAUUUCAGGAAAGUGCUUACAAAACAUAUUUACGAGUCUGCUGCUUUGUCCUGUGGAGAUGGAGCAAUACCAAACCAAAGACCUCUAAUUAAGAAUUGAGAAAUCUCAACUGUCUUACCCACUCUUUGCUGACAAUGUACAUUACGAUAGCUUCUUGUGAAAACAUGUUUAAUGGGUUUACAUGAAUGUGAAACAUCGACUAGCUUGCAGUUCAAUACUCUUGCUCCUUGUCAAAUCCUUUAACUCAAAGAAGGCAGUCAGACUACGAUAAAACAUUUUCUGGUUCUGAAGUUAACUGAACAAUUCCUUUAAAACUUUUUCUGUUUCGUCUUCGACUGAAGCUAAUGGACAGCCUAGCAACAACUUUCAAGGGUUCAGCAUGUGAGAACUAGGAAGAAGUGAGAAAAAGCAUAUCCAAAAGUGGGCUACUGAGUCAUACAAGUGAAUAACUAACACUAACUAACCAACAACAAUCUCUAAUAAUUAGCAAAUAAGAUGCACAAAUUUAAAUAAUGUGAAGAAACAGAAAUGAACAAAAGCAGUAGCUUUGAAGCUUUGACUUGCUCAAUGUAUACAUAUGCUUCUUCUUUGUAAUAUAGAUUGAAUACGAAAAAUCCUACCUAUACUAAAUAAAAACA